AUGGACAAGGGGGGCUUAGAGGCCUCGGCGGAUGAGGAGGUUCAGGUCUUAGUCGGAGAAUCGCAAGACGGAACUGUGACAACGUUCCUUGCAGAGGCAGGCAACCCACCAGCAGCUGCCGUCGAGCUCCCUCCCACGAAGCGCACAUCGGGUGCUGUCGUGGCUUCGGAUGUGGUAUCACCUGCAAAAAAGGCAUCAAGGACGGCGGAAGCAGAAGCAGAAGCAGCCGAAGACAUUGAAGACGUCCUGUGGGAUGCUCCCUUCGCAGUGCCCGCGACCCCGCCGAUACCCACGGGCCCCCCAGAAGCUGUGCGUGCUCCUGCCGAUCCUAAAGCUCUGUGUGCAGCUGCGACGGCGGCAAGACAGGCUCUGCCGGAGUGGGAGGUAAGCGGAAAUAAGCGGUGGCUAUACGCGCGAGAUCGCAGCCAGUGGUUCAAUUACGGCUUAGACCACACUGCGUUUGCAGAGUAUCUGCAGCAGCAGCUCAACCUCAGACUGCAGCGCAGCAGCAAGCAGCCUCUUCUUGUGCAAGACGACUGGCAGCAGCACCAGCAGCAGACCCAGCACUCGCAGCAGCAGCAGCUUAACGCGCACUGGGACCAGCAGCCAGCGCACACCGAAGCAGCUGCGCUGCAGCAGCUUGCUGCUCUGAACAAAUUCCUUAGCGAAGAGCACCAGCAAGAGCAGUGA